AUGUGCAUUUCUACUUCUAUUUCUAUUUCUAUUUCCAGCAUGCAGUCGGUGGACAGACCGAAGCGUCAAAAGCUGGCAAAAUUGACGGGGUUGGGCUUCGCCAGGGACAUGGCCGAAGUCAUCGUGGAAACGCUUGGGAUGGACCCCAUCGGGCAGUCGGCCGAUGCCGCAAUCGCCAAAACAUGGUCUGAAGAAGGCUUGGUGGACUUGGCGUCAGUGAAGACCGUGGCUGGCGAGGUCGAAGUCAACGCACGGCUGGCGGAUGCGGAUUCCGAGGUGGCAAUCAAGUCGCUGAGGGCCCUCGCCCCGAACCUUAAAGCUCUCCAAGCCCUCAAGCGUGCAAAAGCAGCAUGUGCCCCGACUGCACAGCCCGCUGACGAGUUGGGCGAGGAUGCGUCACCACGGCUGGAGACUAGGGGGGCGGCUUUUCAAAGCCGAAAAGGGGCGAGGCCCCGCUGCAAUUUCUCCUUUGGCAGGUUGACACAGUACAGAUAUAGCUUCUACAUGCAAUCUUUUGCGGAGCGAGAUAUGUAA